UUCCGCUGCCAUUACACAGUCCUGCGAGCAUGUCGCCGUCGAAUACGAGAUACGGAGUUACGCCGAACAGAGUCGGGUAGCGCUGUCUGGGUGCUGGGCAGGGGUGUUGCGGUUACCAGCGGCGCGCUCCGACUCCUUCCCCGCGACCCCGCUGAUCUCAUUCCAACACACCCCGCCACCAUUGGAAGGGCACUUAUAAAGAGAAGACCUCACCGGCGGACAUUCACAACGACCCUCGCCAUACUCUGCCUUUCUACCCCCCCAAAAAUCCAGCUACACACACCCAAGCACCAAAAAAACUAUCCCGACAAUGACCACCGCCCCCCCACCAAUCCUCUCCAGCACCUCCCCCUCAGACGUCAGCACCACCUGCGCAGCCCACAACCUCACCCCGGCCGAGUUCCACGCGCUGCGCGAGCAGGCGACGGCCGCCAAGGCGCGCGCCUACUGUCCGUACAGCAACUUCCGGGUGGGCGCGGCGCUGCUGCCGGCCGUCGGCAAAGACGGCAAAGGCGGCGGCGGUGGCAUCGACGCGAUCGUGUGCGGCGCCAACGUCGAGAACGCGAGCUACCCGGUGACGACGUGCGCGGAGCGGGUGGCGGUCGGGCGCGCGGUCGUCGACGGGCUGCACGCCGGCGGCGGGUUCCGGGCUGUGGCGGUCGCGACGGACACGGAUGCGCCGGACAGUCCGUGCGGGAUGUGUCGGCAGUGCCUCCGCGAGUUUUGCGACGUCAAGAUCCCCAUCAUCAUGUUCGACAAGAACGGCAACUUCUCGGUGCUGCGGCUGGGUGAGCUUCUACCCCUGUCCUUCGGGCCCCAGGCGCUGGGCGUCCCUGAGCCGUCAAAGUCGCUAGCAGCGCAACCGUGAGUUUUAAAUCGAUCCACCACAGGUUAUCAUGUAUGGGUUUGGGAGUUUGGCGUUAUCUCGGGAGUGUGAGAUCCAUUCAGCAUCUUGGGGGGUUGUGCCUGCAUUGUAGAACCAAGGAGCAAUUCCGUCUGCACAGAUGGGCAUUAGUUACCAUGGGGAGUACCUAGGUAGUCUGGUCAUAGCGAACACGCAGAAUACGAUAUUUUUGUUCAAUUACCAAUCAUGUCGCACCCGAGCAC